AUUUCAAAACGUAUCUCAAUCAUGGGCGAUCAAAACCUAAACCUACCGGUCACUAUAUCAUUGAGUUCAACCCAAAAUGGAUCAGAAACCACCAACAAUGCUAACAACACCGUCGUAAGGGAAGUUAUUGAGAUUGAUGCCGGUUCAGACACCGGAGAAAAAUCCGAACCUAAAAGUAUAGGUUCGGACACUCGGGUGAAAAGGCCGAGAGGUAGGCCUAGGAAGUACCAGGUUGGUGAGAACAAGUCGCCUAUGAUGUCCGUGUUAGGGUCGGGGUCAUCUGAGCUAGCUAUUCAGCCUUUUGGAAGUGAAGUGAAACGUGGAAGAGGUCGUCCUCGUGGUUCUGGAAAACUUCAGAUUUUGGCUUCUAUUGGUGGAUGUGUUGCUGAAACUGCUGGAGGAAGUAUGACACCUCAUGUGCUGACUGUGAACCCUGGAGAGGAUGUGGUUGGAAAAAUAUUUACAUUUUUUCAUAAAUGUCCUAGAGGAGCUGUUUGCAUACUUUCUGCUGCAGGUUGUGUGUCAACUGUCAUCCUUCGUCAAACUGGAGGGGGCUCUUUAAGAUAUGAGGGUCACUUUCAGAUUUUAUCUUUAACUGGAUCAUGCACCUUCACUAGUGGUGGUGCUGGUGGUGCAGAGAGGAAAAUUGGCACGUUGAGUGUUUCAUUGGCUAAAUCUGAUGGAACAGUUUUUGGAGGUGGUGUUGAGAGCUCAUUGAUAGCUGCUACUCCAAUUCAACUUAUUUUGGCGACAUUCAAGCAAAACAUAAGCAACCAAAUCAAGAGAAAGUACUCAUCUCCAACUUCAACAACUGUUCCAAACAUGGUGACUAAUCAAGAUUCAUCCAGUGAUAAUAACUUGAAAGUUCCGAGGUUAACCCUAGAAGGAGAACCAAGCUGCCUGAGAGCAACAGCAACAAAGAAAACUAAUGAUGUAACAGUAGCAGUAGCGGAUGAUAAAGUGAAAGGUGAAACAACAACUAAUGGUCAAUCUGAUUCUGUUGGUGAUGGAGUUAUUGACCUUGACAGCCAGACAAUGGAGCCUGUUAAUGCUAACAGUGUACCUUAAUUGUCAAGCUAGCAGAGUUUUUCUGUCUUUUUUGUUAAUUGCAUAUGUUAGCAAGUAAGAAUUGUCUAGUGUUUGAAUUUGUUAUUGAAAAUGGAAGUUGUUGGUGUAAUUUUCUUAGGUGGCAGGGAGGGUACUUAGUAGAGAUUGCAGUUGUUUAAAAGGAAUAUUUGCAGACUCAUUAAUUGGAUUUCUUUUUGUUUCUAAUUUG